GGUUGUACCUGGAUUAGCUGUCUAGCUCCACUCUCCAAAAGCGAUCUUCUCUGUCAGGAAACUCUUUGCUCUCUUACCUCGGCCUAAAACCAGACGACAGCGGAGGGAACAUCGAGAUCUUUGUAAUUUCAAGCACCGCCUCGAAAUGGAUAACGCUGGAGGAACUCCUCAAGAUGUUAUUGUGCCACCAGUUGAAGGUGUUGCCGGUGGAGGGACAGCAUAUGGAUGGAAUGAUGGAGGAUUACAUGGUUCAAAUCCACUCAAGGGAUCAAUUGAUCCCUCAGAGGUUCCAACUGCAGACUUGGUGCAUGUGUGGUGCAUGCCAAGCACAGCGAAUGUUGGACCACAAGAGGUGCCAAGACAUUUGGAGCCUGUAAAUCUUCUGGCAGCUAGGAAUGAGAGAGAAAGUGUUCAAAUUGCUAUUCGCCCAAAAGUUUCUUGGAGCAGUUCUGGUAAUGCAGGUAUUGUGCAGAUUCAAUGUACUGAUUUAUCCUCCCCAUCUGGUGAUCGGUUGGUUGUUGGACAAUCAAUAACGUUUCGGAAAGUGGUUUCCAUAUUGGGUGUCCCAGAUGCUCUUGUGCCUUUAGAUCAUCCAGUUUGUCAGAUAGGCCUAGUUCCUGGAGAAACAACUGCUGUUUGGGUUUCCAUAGAUGUUCCAAGUGUACAGCCACCAGGUCAAUAUGAAGGGGAGUUCAUCGUUACUGCCAUAAAAGCCGAGUCAGAAUCUCAAUCACAGUGCUUGAGCAAAGCUGAGAAGCAUCGACUAUACACAGGACUUAGGGCCUGUCUUGACACUGUGGAGCCUAUUGAAGGAAAACCAUUGGAUGAAGUGGUAGAAAGAGUGAAAUCUGCAACUACAUCUUUAAGAAAAAUUCUUCUGUCUGCAUCAUUUUCUGAAUUCUUUUCAGAUAAUGGGCCAGUUGAUAUGAUGGAUGAAGAUGCCAUUUCAAAUCUCUCAGUUCGUGUGAAGUUAAGUUUAACUGUAUGGGAUUUCAUACUUCCAGCAACUCCUUCACUUCCUGCUGUUUUUGGUAUAUCAGAUACUGUAAUUGAGGAUCGUUUUGGUGUUGAGCAUGGAAGUGAUGAAUGGUAUGAAGCGUUGGAACAGCAUUUCAAGUGGCUUCUUCAGUAUAGAAUAAGCCCAUACUUUUGCAGAUGGGGAGACAGUAUGCGUGUUUUGACUUACACCUGCCCAUGGCCAGCUGAUCACUGGAAAUCAGAUGAAUAUUUGUCUGACCCAAGAUUGGCAGCAUAUGCUGUACCAUACAAUCAAGCAGUGUCUGGUAAUGAUGCAGCGAAGGAUUACUUGCAGAAAGAAAUUGAGAUCUUGAGGACAAAGUCUCAUUGGAAGAAAGCCUAUUUUUACUUGUGGGAUGAGCCAUUGAAUUUGGAGCAAUAUGACUCAGUCCGCAACAUGGCCAGUGAGAUCCAUGCUUAUGCUCCUGAUGCCCGUGUUUUAACUACUUAUUAUUGUGGACCUAGUGAUGCACCACUUGCACCUACACCUUUUGAGGCGUUUGUAAAAGUUCCAAAGUUCCUACGCCCUCACACUCAAAUUUACUGUACAAGUGAGUGGGUGCUUGGUAAUCGGGAGGAUCUGGUCAAGGAUAUUAUCUCUGAAUUGCAGCCAGAGAACGGUGAGGAAUGGUGGACAUAUGUGUGUAUGGGCCCCUCUGAUCCUCAUCCUAAUUGGCAUCUAGGGAUGCGUGGUACUCAGCAUCGUGCUGUAAUGUGGCGUGUAUGGAAAGAAGGUGGAACUGGGUUUCUAUAUUGGGGUGCCAACUGCUACGAGAAGGCUACAGUUCCUAGUGCAGAGAUAAGAUUUAGGCGCGGUCUACCUCCUGGUGAUGGGGUUUUGUUCUAUCCUGGUGAGGUGUUUUCAUCUUCCAGUCAACCAGUUGCUUCACUUAGACUAGAGCGCAUUCUUAGUGGCUUACAGGACAUUGAAUACCUGAAGUUUUACACUUCAAGAUAUGGAAGAGAUAAAGGGCUUUCUCUAUUGGAGAAGACGGGCGUGUAUCUAGGUCCUGAACGUUACACACUUGAGCACAUGCCAAUUGAUGUGAUGAGAGGCGAGAUUUUCAACACUUGCCGACCAAUCCACGAAUAGUCGUUACGUUCCCAGCAAGUUCACUUGGUUUGUAGUCAUAUGUUUGUUUAUACAAUCUUUUUUUAUUCCCAAAAGAUGAAAUAGUUGCACACACAGUUACAAAAUUACUCUUAAUUAUGAAAUUUUGUUUUUGAAGAAAUUAUGAAAUUGUUCUUGUUAUUAAA